AUGCCUAAUGGGAUUCUUCGACCCCCUGGGCCUAUGGAGUGCGUUCCUGGUGCAAAGUCGAUGAGGCGGCCUUUGAACGUCGGAAACGCUACCAGCCGGCAUUAUCAGAACCUUCAGUUGCACAUCUUCGCAGACGCCAGUGAGGUUGCUUAUGCCGCGGCAGCGUAUUUUCGAAUCACAAAUUCGGACGGAGUUGGUGAAAGCGUCCUGGUCGCGGCAAAGACCAAAGUGGCCCCGUUAAAGCCAUCCUCGAUUCCUCGCUUAGAACUACGAGCUGCAGUGUUGGGAGUUAGGUUGAUGCAGUUUGUCGAAGAGAGCCACAACGUGAAGAUUCAACAGCAGUUUCUAUGGAGCGACUCAAUAACCGUACUAGCUUGGCUGCGCGCGGAUCAUCGAAAAUACAAGCAGUUUCUGAUAUGGCCCAAGUGGGGAAAAGGUCCCUGUCAAGAUGUGACCGGCGCUUGGUUCAAGGGCCCGGAGUUCCUGAAAUGUCCGCCAUCCGAGUGGUCUCGGCAAAAGACAACGGGAGGCGCUUGGGAGCGCAUGGUACGCUCCAUCAAAACAGCGAUGGACGUUACCUUUAAAAGUCACAGCAAGUUGGACGACGAGGCGCUAGUAACCCUAGUUGUGGAAGCGGAAGGACUGGUUAACUUUCGCCCGCUAACGUACCAGCCCAUCGUGUCCGAGGAGAGUGAAGCGUUGACGCCGAACCACUUCCUACUGGGCAGUUCAAACGGAGUUCGUCAGCCAGCAGUAGAAUCGAAAGACACCGCAGCCGCACUAGGGAACAGUUACAGCACAUCCUGGGAACAGAUACAGCUUCAUCUGGAUACCUUCUGGAGACGAUGGGUAAACAUCAGCAACACCUGGACAUUACCGCAGGAUGGCUUCAGCGUCUUCUAUCGCUACUUCCGGGAUAAAAUCUCCUGGUUCGAGGCGGACGCCGUCUGUCAGUUUCAUCACGCCAAUCUCGUCACAGUGGACAACGGUGUACAGUUCGAUGCGGCCCGAGCCUUCCUAAAGGAGCUGGACGUGACCAGCCCGGUUUGGAUUGGACUGAUGCGGCCGGAAAACUCCGCACGCUUCACCUGGACAAACGCCAAGUCAUUGGACCCAUCCAGUGGAUAUUGGGCUGAGUCACUGCCCGCCAUAGAAACGCCUCUUUGUGCCGUGGUGGAUCCGGUUCGAGAUUUCCGCUGGCAUGCCCUGCGCUGCGGUGGACCGGAAACGGCUUCUUUCCUGUGUGAACUGCCAGUUCCCAAUUGGGCAACCGACUGUACCGUUACCUUGUUGCCCUCGCUGACGGUGCAGUACAUGUCGGACAGCGGAGCUGUCCAACUGUCACGGGAUUGCGGUGAACAAGGAGCCCGGCACAUGUCCUGUCAGGGCAAGCUCGACAAGGAUUCCAUUCUACAGCAACUGCACUGCGCGGAGCGCGAGGAUGAUUCCGAAACACUUGCUACGGAAACGGCCGAAAACAAUCAACUUCCGGCGGUUGAGCUGACUUCCACUUCGCAGCACAAGGCGCCGCUCGUUACCAGGCAACCGCUGUUGCCGGAGAUUCUCGAGCAUGACAUACUGACGGUAGUGUCCAACAACGACGAGGAUAACAACAUCGAUGUUAAUCCAAAUCAGAUCGAAGAUACGGUGAAAAAUGUUAUCAAUAAGUUUAACCUAGCAGAUCUGAUGCAGGCCGAACAAUCACUGCACAGUGAGGAGGUGGACGGACGGUUCGAUGGUGAAAGAGGAAAGGAUGGUAAAAAAGCUGGUGGUAAGAAAUAUUCUCCGUUAUUUGAAAAGAAGAAUAAAUUCGGCAAGAAAGAAGAUGGAAAACUUGACGAUGAAGACGAAUUGAUGAUGGGCGAUCAGCCGGAUGAAACCGAAACGCAGCCAAUCGACAUCGUUCAACAGGCGGUAAAGCCAACAGAGGGUGACUCGGAUGAGAGCGCGACGUCUGGAGUGCUGGGAAGUUCCACCGAAGGUGCAGCAUCCAGUGAAACUACGUUAACGGAAAGUACUACGGUUGAUUCCAGACUGCGGAGAGCUACCGACGGGGAACCAUUGUCCGAGAGCACGCCAGCUUCAACGACCGAGGUAACGCCAUCUUCUGUCAUGACAACUACGGCAGAACCAACGACAUCCAGCAGCACUGCUAGUCAUAUUUUACCAACCACACCGAAGAAGGAAAUAUCCUCCGUUGGUGACCACUUUAUUCCGCCGAUGCUUCUGGUUAAGGCACGUUUUACCUCUACUAAAAACCACGUUGAAACAACUUCGACGACAGAACUAGUAACAACAACCUCACAAACAUCUGAACCAGCGGUUUCCACUGAACAAAAGACUUCCCCGACGAUGACAACGGAAGUGGUAACGACUCCGGAGGAGUCUACCUCAGUCGUUUCCGAGGUAGCUUCUUCGGAAAAGACUUCCACCUCCGAAAGUGACACAACAACUGUUGCUCAUCAGAUUGUUGAAAUCACAUUUGACGACAAAGAGCUCUCCACCAAGAUAGGGACAUUAAGCAUAACAACUCGCCCCUUCACUACGGUUGAGGAAACCAAAUCUACGACAGUUUCCGCGCAAAUUACGACAACAGCCGCCAUUGCAAGCUCCACGGAACCGGUUAGUACUUUGCUACUUUUUUCCACCGCCCAACCGACAACGACGACUACAACUACGACUCCACCUGCGCCUCCAUCAUCUCCAUCAUCAUCAUCAAUUACACCAAAAACCACUGUCGCCCUCACUUCGGCCCCAGUAGAACACGAGCCCCAGCCGGACGAGCUGGAAGAGGACAUCAACCAUGACUCCUCCGACGAUCUGGAGCUGGACGACCAGGACCAUCCGCACAAGGACCUACACAACAGCUUUUCCAACAUCGAAAACUACCAACCGUACAAACCGAACCGACGCCGAACGCUCACCAAACCGGAAGUGCACAGCAAUCAUGGCAACUACAUCAAAAAAAUCCUCGGCUGA